AUGUCUUUUUUACAACAAACAAUGGCCGCGCACGCCCCCGAAACCGCGCCCGUCCUCUCCACCCCUGAUACACACGUCUUCGAAGAUCCUACGCCUACGGUUGAUAUCUCGAGUUUACCAAGGCUGAACAACGAGCAAAUCGCGCUCACAUAUGAGAUUGAGCGCACGGUGAAGGACAUCAGAGAGGGAAGAUGGAAGAGGAUCGCACUCCAGUUUCCGGAUCGGAUGUUAGUGGAUGCGCCGAGGGUGUACGAGUCACUGGCGAAGGAAUUGAGGGGUGCGCGUGAGAGAAAGGAUGAGGGCGCGACCGGCUCAGGUGUCGAUGCGAAGGCUACGACAGGAAGCAACGAGGUCGCAGAGAAGCUGGAAAAUCUGGGAAUAAACGAAAAGACGGAUGGCGAAGAGGAAGAGAGGUUGUUCAUACUAGCUGACACGUCGUACGGGGCAUGCUGUGUUGACGAGGUCGCGGCAGAACAUGUCGAUGCGGACGUUGUCGUGCACUACGGACGAUCCUGCCUUUCGCCACCUUCAAGAUUACCGGUAAUAUAUGUCUUUACGGAGCGGGAACUGGAUCUGGAACCCGUGAUAUCGACUCUCAAGCAAACGCAUCCGAGUAAGGACAAGAAACUCAUUCUUAUGGCGGAUAUUCCUUACUCGCACCACAUACCCACGCUCCACGCUCGCCUCCGUGACGACGGCUACACAAAUGUGUUCGCGACCGAAAUCAUACACAAUCCAGGCAGUCUCUUACCAAACCGCACGAUCCCUGCGGAAGCGGAAGACUCAAAAGACGCCCUUCGCGGCUACGACCUCUUCCACAUCUCCGAUCCACCGCCAUCCCUCCUCCUCACCCUCUCCUCCCGCGUCGCAUCAACAUACAUCUACCCCACCGACACCCCCACACCAUCCGCAACCCUAGCCUCAACAUCACUCGCUCUCCGCCGCCGCUAUGCCCUCCUCACCUCCCUCUCCUCCGCCUCCGUCUUCGGCAUCCUCAUCAACACCCUCAGUGUAAAGAACUACAUGCACAUUCUCUCACACGUGCAGAAGCAGAUCGCUGCCGCGGGAAAGAAAGCAUACACCUUUGUCGUUGGCAAGGUCAAUGCUGCAAAGGUUGCAAACUUCAGCGAGGUGGGUGGCUGGGUGGUUAUCGGGUGUUGGGAGAGCAGUCUGAUCGAGAGCAAGGAGUUUUGGAAGCCAUUAAUAACGCCCUUUGAGCUGGGGAUUGCGCUGCAGAGUGAUGACAGUAGGGUGUGGACGGGGAGUGGGAGGCCGAUUUCCAGAAUGUUUUGGAUGGGGAGAAGGGGAGGCCGGAGGGGGCCAGAAAUGAAGACAGUGAGAAGCGUAGGGGUGAAGAGGAAGUGA